AUGAUUGUCUACCGACCGCGUGAGACGGGGGACGAGGUGCUCCCCGUUGCACGCGAUCGUAAAGAUUAUGCCUAUGCCUACAAAGAAAUAUGCCGCUCUGCGCGGCGGCGUGUGCUGAGAGACGAGGCGGCCUCUGAUACCCCUGCGGCGUUGGGCGGUGCGGCUGUCCUGCUGCUGGUCACGCCUCAUGUGGAUUCGCUGGCGGCCACACGCAUCCUUACCCAGCUCCUUGCGCAGGACGAAAUCGCGUUCCGCGUUGCGCCUGUCAACGGCUACCGCGCUCUCCAGCAGAUCCUUGCGCAGGACGUGCAUGAUCACGUCGAACUACAUACCCUCAUCUUUGUAAACCUAGGCUCGCUCUUGCCAUUGCCAACGACUGUGCCACUACCACCGCACUGUACUCUGCAUGUGAUUGACUCACACCGCCCAUGGAACCUGGACAAUCUCUUUGCUACGUCGCAGAUGAACGACCGAAUCUGGGUGUGGGACGAUGGCGAUAUUGACGAGCGCCUCCUCAAGGAAAAAGAAGCCUACGAAAUGCUGGAAUUUGACUUUGAUUCCGCGUCUGAAUCCGAGUCGGACAACGAGUCUGUGCCCCCUUCGGACGACGAGGGCGAGGCGGCGAGCGACGAGGAUGCGGCGGCGUCGGGUCGUCGCCCCAAGCGCCCUCACAGCACAAGCCCUGAUCGGCCGCCCAAGCGCACAAGGCUCGACGGGGCACAGCGGCAAGCGUACCGUGCGGUGCUCGCGAAGUACUACGCACGUGGAAGCUGGACAGGUAUGAGCGCAGCGCAGAUGAUGUACAUGCUGGCGAUUGCGCUGGGCCGUGGCGAUCAAGAUACGCUCUGGUAUGCCAUCCUAGGAUUGACUGCCCAGUACCUAUCCAACGCUAUUCACUCCAGUAUGUAUGCCGGCUACGCGUCGGCGUUGGCGUCUGAUGUCGUUGCUAUGAAUGCCACCGACGAGCCAGCAUCCACCUCGACGGGGCAGGCACAUGGUGCCGACGAUGCCUCGGUUCGUGUCGUGAGCGAGGAACUGCGGUUUACGCUGUACCGACACUGGAGUCUGGAGAUGAGCAUGUACCAUACGAGCUACGUGGCGGCCAAGCUUGGAAUCUGGCGUGAAAAAGGCAUCCAUAAACUCCGCGGCUUGCUGGCAAAAAUGGGUCUGUCGCUGGUCAACUCGCGACAAUCGUACGAGCACAUGGAGUUGGAUCUGCGGCAGUCGCUGGUCCAGCGUAUGGAAUCCAUUGCGCCAGAGUAUGGCCUGGUCGACCUGACCUUUCGCUCGUUUACACGGUCCUACGGUUUCCGCUCCAUGCCACUCAGUGCUUCGGAUGCCGUGGAAGGUAUCGCUGCGCUAUUGCAGGCGGCGCAUGGCGUUCGUAUUGAGGUGGACGGCGUGCAGAUUGUACGCACCGACUCCCUUCAUACAGGUACGCGGCCUGUGGAUCAAGCGGUAGGCUCGUACGGUGGGCGAACGCUGUGGUCCUUGGCAGAGAAUGGCGUGGAGACAGGUGUGCGUUCUCACACGUCACGCCGUCCUGCCGACGCGGAGGAAGGGGACGAGGACGAGGACGAUCUCGAGAACUCGACGUCGGCUGUGUGGGUAAAGAACUUUUUCGAGGCGUAUCGUGCGAUGGAUGCACGGCAGCCUUCGAGCAUUGCCUUGCUGCAGUCAUCGCUGCAACUGGCCAAGUCCUUGCAUCAGGCUAUUGUGGCGCAGGGCGUAAGCAUCAUUAUCAAGCAAUCCAUCAAAACGCUGCGUUCGUUCCGCUUGGCCAUUCUCCAGGAUGGCCCUUCCCUGCAUCUGUUCGUGCACCCUGAUACACUUACACGCCUGGGUUUCUGGCUCAUCGAUGCACUGCGUGAUAUCGUGGGCGAGCAGCAUAUGCGUCGCGCUGAAGCGAAGCGGGCGCGGCGCCGCAGCAAGGGUGAUGAGCUCGAUAGUUCAGCCUCCUCGUCGCCGCAUCCUGCAGCGCUGCCCCACUUACCCUUUGUGCUCGCAGCCCUCGACACGUCGCGCGAUGUGUUUGUCGUCGUUGGCAUUGUAGGUGCGUCGGACUUUGGCGAUGUGAGCAAAAACCGCUUUGGUCUGGCCUUCCAAGAAGCGGCAGAGACCAGCGGUGCACGUAUGCGCAACGAUCGGUUUGAGUCAACGGUGCUGGAAGUGCGGCGGAAUGAUCUCAUGCCGUUUGUCGAGGCAUUGCAUCUGAAAGCAUAG